GUACCAAAGAAGAAAACUAGGGGGGGCAUCAAAGUUAAAGAUGCAUGACAAAGGAAAACAAAAGUGUGAUGAAAUUGACUUCAAUGAAAGGAAUCAGCCUGUGGGACCUGAGUCAGUUAAACUAUCGACUUUAGAAGGGAUCUUGGCACGAGAGAUGGUGCCAAUAACCAUAGAGAGAUGUCCUGAUAUUCCAGAAGAGGUUAAAGACAAGCUAUGGGCUUGUGUGAAGAGAAGAGAAAGUCGAGCACCAUCAUCCAUAUCAAGAGUUGAUGUUUGGAUUAAAGGGCAUACGAGGAAGGAAGGAAAAUCCAUGAAUGAAGUGCUUGAUGCAACUGUGGGUACCAAUCCCUCCCAAAGAAGCUCCAAUCUACUCCAAUCUACUCCUCAUGACAACCUUUCAACUUCAGUGAAUGAAGUUGGUUCUGUUACUGAAAGCAUUAAAGCUAUGAAAUUAUCUAAACGUGGUGGUUCUUCAAUUGCAAACCUUCCAACUGGUUUAGAUAUGGAUCAAAGUAAUGGUGUGUCGAGCUUAGCAUAUGUCAAAUGCAAGUUGCUGUAUUGGGAGGGGUCAAACUUGGUGGUUGCAGAAGGCCAAAUUGCAUCAAGGGAUCCCAAGUCAAAGGUGCAUCAUGCAACUCUUGGAGCUUUGUGUUGGAAAGUAUGGGUGAACCAUGUAACAGUCAACGUGCCGUUGUUUCGUUCUACUCGUGAGAUGUAUGAUCUUCAAGAUGCAAUAGGAAGUACAGUUGGAUGGCCUAGUCAAUUCAUUCUUUUGGACUAAAUAUUGGACUAAUUGAUUUAUGAUUUGUAGUUAUACUUUUUGGAUGUUUAAAGUCGUAUUUUAGAGAUUAGUGAAUCUUAUGAUUUGGAUACUUUUUUUGAUUUGUAUGUUUGAGGUUGUUAUCAGCUUGAUAUGAUAGAAGCUAAGGAUAAAAGUUAGU